AUGGCCCAAGCAUUACAAGGUUCAAACGAAAAGGCUAAGGCAGGGUUGCGAAUGUGUUUUGGCUGCUCUGGUGGCUUGGCUAUGAAGGAUCAGGGAAUUGUGGUGACCGCCAUUACUUACCAUUUGCAAGCAUGGGUGAUCGAGAAGAAGGAUCCGGUUUUCUUGGCUAUCUCCACGCCAUUGGCGUUGGUCAUCACGCUCUUUGCUUAUGCACUUCUCCUGGGAGAAAUCAUUAGUCUGGGAAGGUGGGCUCUUAUUGAUAGUGUGAUAGCGGUUGUGACAGCGUCUGUGACAGGAGCUGUGACAGUGGGUGUGAUAGGAGGUGUGACAGGAGGAGAUGAGCUUGACAGCGGCGGAGGGAAAACGCAGAAGCUUGGCGACGUUGUGUGGCUUCACGGCGGCGAGCUCGAGGGUUGCAGUGGAGGGUCGCGCGAUGCUCUAGGGACCGGCGGUGAAGGCCAUGGCGGCCUGAGGAGGGAGAUCACCGACGGCGAUUUUUAUGAGGACUUAGCUUGGGCUCCUGGUUGGCUUCAGCAGCAUCAGAUAGAACAGUUUGAUGAGUGCAUGAAAAAUCUCAACGGUACCGACUUUGAGCUAGAAUGCAAGGAUUUGAAAGUCUCUCAAGGGGAAAACAGUAAAGGUAACUAUGGCAAUAAUCUGACAAGGGAGGAAGGUGGAAACAAAAGCUACCACCUAUUCUUAUCAGGGGAAGACAAUACACCAGCUGAUUUUGCUUCAUCUUCUGGAAAUGUUCUACAUUUCCAUCUUUGUCUUUCAUCAACUGGAUAUUCACAUUGUAGCCCAACUCAACUUCCAGAUGCUUCUGAAAACAAUCUUAAAUCCAACAGGGUUGCAUCUGUGGAACUACAUGACACCUCAUUACGUUCAAAGGACGAUACUUGUUUUAAAAUGGGGGUUCAUAUUGGUGGGAAAAGUUUGUUACCUCUAAAUUCCAUUCAGAAAUCCAUGGAGGAUGUUGGUCCAAAACGUCCUUCCAAUGACAGGAUAUCAACAAUGCAUUAUAGAGAAAAGUACAAUGUCAAGUACCUCAAAGCAACUGAUAUGACUGCUGCAGCUGAACUCUCAAUUGCAGCAUCUGAGGCAAUGGUUAUACAUAAUAUAGUGAAGCAUGGGACUAUUGUGGAUGCAUUGCCAAUUGACGUGGUACUUGAAGCUGCCCUUCGGGUAAAGAAAGCACGGUUGGAGUGGUCAGUAGAUGCUGUAGACAGCCUAGCUGACGAAACAGACGAGAGUGAUACUCUUUCGGACUUGGAUGAUUUAACAAUGGCUGAUGUAUAUGAAGAUGUAGGACUGUCUCAUGGUAUUCCUUCCGAUGACUGCACUUUUGAUUCAGCUAUUUCUCUGGUGAAAGAAACUCCUCUUUCGGAAAACCAACAUGAGUGUGUAGACCUAUGUGAUCCUGUAGAGAUGGUGGCUCAACAGCUCAAGCUUGAUGAUAAGUCUGCUCGAGGACAACUAUCGGGGAAAUUGUUUAUGGAUACAUCGAAUGACAAUGUGCCUGCAAUAUCUUUCAACCACGAGAGAGAAGAGUUCUCCGAUGACAUUAUACCGGGUAUAGACAUAUGCAAUGCGACCAAACACAACCAUUCAGCUGUGAAUAACUCAAAUGUUAUGACUGGGAAACAGAUAAUUGGCCCAGGUAUGGUAGAUGUAACAUCUUAUCAGCCUCAGAAAGAAGAAGAUAUUUGCCCCCAUGUUUGGAACUCUGCAAAUGCUAGAGAAGAUAGGCUAUCUUACUUAGUACAAGACAGGUUCAGGAGCCGAUGGCUAGGUGGUUGGACAGGCCAAGAAGUAUCUGCUGUUGGACACAUGGGACAGAAUACUAGAAGGAUUGUAACAUGUUUUGCUGGUGAGACAAGCUAUCUCUCAGAAUCUGAAGAUAUUGCUCCAGAUGUGAACUCCUUCGUGCAAGUUCAUGAAACGGAGUCACAUAAAAUGUCACAGUCAAGCAUACACUCUGAUCUUUUGCCUACCGAAUGUAAUAAGGGCAUAUUGCUUUCUCAAGAUGUCAUCAGAUCGUCUAGCUUAUCAUUGGUUGAUCCUCUUUGUUCGGUUGUUCCUUGCAGUAUUCUUUCAGAAAAUGAAGUUUCUACAUUAGUACAGACUCACAGGGAUAAGGAAAGCCAUACUGAAAAAUGCUGUAGUCCCACUACAGAACUUAAGAUGAGGAAUUCACACAAACCCUCAAAUCGAGUUAUUGAGUUUCCUCAUGAGGAUGGCCAAGCUACUCCUGCAAUUAAUGGUGAAAAUUCUCCUGUCACAGUUCGAAGGCAGUUUAUUUCACUGAAGACUUAUAGUACACUUCUCCCAAAUCCUGUUUCCAAUGGGGAAAAUCAGUCAGGUAAGCUAGAUUGUGCUCAUAGGCAGAUCACCUUGGAUCAGAAUGCGGGUUGCAUUAGAUCUUCGGAUAGAUGUUGUAAUGUGUCCCUUCCUUUUAAGCACAUGUCUGAGUAUUUGUCUUCAAGAGAUAAUAUGGAAAAUGGUAAAGUCAUCUCAAAUGGAACUCCAGAGAAGAGAAAAUAUAAUGAGACUAAAGGAGAUGGGAAUAGUUUACCUGUUCAGGCAUCAAAAAAGAGGAGACAGUUUGUUUCUUUUAACCAAAGGGCACACUGCCAUCUUUGGGCUGCAAAAUCAUUUCUCAACAAUUCCACUGGGGGGAAACAUCCCAAACUGGCUCUGGUGGCAGAAAAUGUUGUUGAGCUUCAACGAAAGAAGAAACUCCAGAUACCAUCUGAAUGCAAAAUUCUCCAUUGCAGAGAUGUUCUGGCGAAGAAAAGAGUUCACUUCGCUGAAGCAGAGGUUCAAAUUCAGCAGAUGGAGAACCCUAAAAUGCAAGAUUUAUCAACCAAAAAUCGGUUGACUGUUAGAGCUAGUAAAAUGUCCAAGUAUCCUAACUAUUCUAAGAUUCAAAAUCAUGAGAAAUGUCGGCGUACCGAUUCUCAAGUUGAGGCCAGGAAAAGAUUGCUAUUUCAAGGUAUACAGUUCCUGCUUACAGGAUUCUCUAGGCAGAAAGAAAAGGAUCUUGAAGGACAAAUAUGGAAACACGGUGGUAUUGUCCUGUUUGACAUUCCUUCCCCAAAAGCAAGGGCAAAAAUAAGCUUAAGAUCUAAUGCCAACCAGCUUCCUAUUAUUCUAUGUGCUAAAAAGCUACAGACAACAAAAUUUUUGUAUGGGUGUGCUGUGAAUGCCUUCAUAUUAAAAGAUGAUUGGCUUUUUGAUUCAAUCUCAGCAGAUCAUAUUGCACCACCUGAGCAAUACAUUAUUCUGCGUAUCGUGGCUGCUGCAGAGAAUAUUAGCAUUGGGAGGUCGCUUUGUUACAGUCGUGAUUAUGUUUUCGAGAGAGUAGGAAUCAUGCUUCAUGGGAAGCAAAGUUUCUGCUGCAAGUUGGCAAAAAUAAUUAAGCAUGCAGGUGGGAAGGUUUUUAAAACCCUCCAGAGGUUAAUGCUCGAUUUGGGACAAGAGAAGAUUUCUUGGGGAGCUAUUGUUUCUGAGAAUGAAAAGACAUCACGGCACUUGAGGCACUGUGCAGCCGAACAAAGGAUACCGAUAAUGCCGGCCAGCUGGAUUAUUAAUAGCUUGCAUUUGGGAAAGCGUCUUCCAUUUUCAGAUGCGUGAACUGAGGAAGAGAAAUUCCAGUUUGAUAAUGAUUUACAUACAAUUUUGAAGUAGGGAACAUUCAUUGAG